AUGCGGCGGGCGCGGGGCGCUCUGCCGGCCCAGCUGCCGGCGGCGGAGGCGGAGGAGGGGCUGCGGCGCCUGGCGCGGUUCCUGGCGCGCGCGUUGCCGCUGUGCCGCGCCCACACGACGGAGUUCUACGCGCGCGGGCUGUGGGAGCAGCUGGUGGCGGCGCGCCCCGAGGUUGUGCUGCAGGCGCUGCGGCGCCCCCUGCCGGAGGCCUCCGGCGCCGCGGCCGUGCGGUGGGAUGACAACACAUUUUCUGACGUGUUUUGUGAAAACUCCAAGAAACUUAUCAAUGUACACUUAUUUGCCCUCGCUGCCAAGCAUUAUUCUUUGCCUAACCUUGGUGUGUGUACCCCAUUAGAAGAGAUACUUGAAGCGCUGAGAGGAGACAGCCAAGAAGCAAGUGGUAUCAAAACUGAUGAGUUUAUGAAUAAUAAGAAAUCGCAUGAAGUACAAGCAAUGUCAGAGCUGGUAGACAAAAUAGCAAAGUACUGUGGUUUAAAGCAGGUGAUUGAUAUAGGUUCUGGAAAGGGCUACCUGAGUUCAUUUUUGUCUAUGCAAUAUAACUUGAAAGUUUAUGGAAUCGAUUCAUCGAAAACCAAUACUAACGGUGCUCAUGAAAGGAACAGGAAAUUGAAGAAACACUGGAAAACUUACCAGAGUCGAGCAAGAGUCAAUUCUGAGACCCAGAGGUUGGAAAAGCCAAUAAAAAAUGAAGUUAAAUGUAAAGCUAUCAAUGAAAAGCCCUUAAGUAAUAACAGCAGUCUUCAAAGUGAAGACCAAGGGACUACCCAAGACUUAGUUCCUUCUUGUGUUUUCACAGAAGUAGCUGUAUCUGAGACCAGCAAACAAACUGAAAUCAAUUUGGCUCAGGCACAGUCUGAUGAGAACAAGCUUUCCGAAGAGGCUCUUGCUAUUCUCAGUGUUCUGCCUGCUGAUGCUGUAGAAUUUUUUUCUUCAUCCCACUGUAACUAUGGGGAAGUCCGUGAAGAGGAAAAAGCACAAAGAAAAAUGGCAUUUAUGAAGGCAAAAGAGAGCAAGUCAAGUGAAUCAAGCCUUUAUUUUCCAUUGACCUCCUACAUCAGCGCAGAAACAGAACUCAGUGACAUCAUAACAGAUUUAGAGGACUGUAUAAUGGUUGGUCUGCAUACAUGUGGUGACCUUGCUGCAAACACACUACGAAUUUUUACUGCCAAGCCUGAAAUCAAAGCAGUUUGCAGUGUAGGCUGCUGCUACCAUCUGUUGUCAGAACAGUAUGAAAACCAAGAAGAUUGCACAGAGGAAGUGUGGGGAUUUCCCAUGUGUCAGUACUUGAAGGACGAGGGCUGGUGCUGCGGUCGCAAUGCUAGAAUGUCAGCGUGCUUGGCUUUGGAGCGAGUUGCAGUUGGCCAAAUGCUGCCUACAGAGUCGUUGUUUUAUCGAGCUGUUCUUCAGGUUAUUAUAGAAGAAAUUUAUGGUGUCACCAAAAGUGAUCGACAUGUUGGAAAAAUUUUCUCCAAAUCAUCCUCCUUCUUAGAUUAUGUCAGGAAGUCUCUGAAAAAACUGGAACUGGAUGAUUCAGAGCUCCCAGACAGCUGUAUAAUGGAUUACUAUGAAAAAUACAAGCACAGAAUGAAUGAGCUUGAAGCAUUUAAUAUGCUAAAGGUUGUGCUAGCUCCCUGCAUAGAAGUUUUGAUACUUCUGGAUCGUCUUUGCUACCUCAAGGAGCAGAACAACAUUGCCUGGUCAGGACUUGUGAAGUUAUUUGAUCCUGUGAAAUCCCCCAGAUGCUGUGCAGUUAUUGCUCUGAAGAAACAGUCGUGUCUUUAAGUGGAAGCAAACUGCAGAUGGGUUGAAAGCGCUGAACUGAUACUGCUGUUUCCUCAUUGUUCUUUUUAAUUGAUUCCUCAAGUAUACUGAUACAUUUGGCAACUAUUUACUUUUCAGAUGCAAAAAUAAUAAAUGCAAUGCCUCUGUGAAUCGUAA